CAGGAGCUAAGUCUCCACUUGGGCAACGCGCACUCGUGCAUGUCGUGACAGCCCCCAUACGCCUCAUCCUUCUCGGGCUGAGCCUGGUGCUUCCGUGAGUUAAGGAGCAGCAGGAGGAAAUGCGCAAGCAGGGUCACUAAUCCUGCGUUUCCCACACAGCGCUGAGCACAGCAGCACGCUGGUGGAUCCCGCAGCAGGAUGGAGACCCUCGGGAAGGGACGGCUGGCACACAGGCUUGUGCUGUGCUGCGCCUUUUGGGGACUCUGCCUGGCGUCUUCAGACUACGAUGAUUACUCCCAGAACAUCACCGACGAGCAGGUGACGACACCAGAGAUCACACCAUGUCCCCGAGCCAUCCCUGGGGAAAAGGCAACCAUAAACAACGUCACGUACCUGUUGAUACACGAGGCCACACGUGCUCAGCUGGGCAGCGUGGUCACUGUGCGGCUCAUCCCCUGCCUCUACACCCUCGUCUUCCUGGUGGGGCUGCCUUCAAACGGGCUGGCCCUGUGGGUCCUGGCCACCAGGACUGAGAAGCUGACCUCCACCGUCUUUCUGAUGAACUUGGCCGCAGCAGACCUGCUGCUCAUAUUGGUGCUGCCCUUCAAGAUUUUCUACUAUUUCCUGGGGAACAACUGGCCCUUUGGGGAAGGCCUGUGCCGGCUGACCACCGCUUUCUUCUACGGGAACAUGUACUGCUCAGUGCUGCUGCUCACGUGCAUCAGCGUCGACCGGUAUCUGGCCGUGGUGCAUCCUUUCUUCUCGCGUUCUUUCCGCACGCCGACCUUCGCUGCCUGCACCUGCACGGCCAUCUGGCUCUGCGCUGCCGUCCUCACCCUGCCCCUGACCCUGCAGCAGCAGUCGUACCCCCUGUACAGAGCAGACAUCACUAUCUGCCACGACGUCGUCCCCAGGCAGGAGGAUGACAGGUAUUACUUCUACUACUUCAUCUGCCUGAUCGCCUGCGCGUUCCUCGCUCCUCUGGUGGUGAUGCUGUUCAGCUACUGCUCAGUACUGCGAGCCCUCCUGCGCAGCGGGAAGCGCUACUCCUACUCUAUGAAGCUCACAGCUCUCGUGGUGUUCACACUGGUGGCCUUCUACACCCCCAGCAACGUUCUCCUCCUCAUUCAUUACUCCAGCUACAAGUCCAAGCUGUACGGCAACCUGUAUAUCGGCUACAUGGUGAGCCUGGCCAUCAGCACCUUCAACAGCUGCGCCGAUCCCUUCGUCUACUACUACGUUUCGGAAGAUUUCCGGGAUAAGGUGAGAAGGAGAUUCUUCAGUCACAGAAAACAAAACACCACAUCGCUAAAAACCUCCAAGGAAACACUCCCACAAAAAAGUUCCAAAGAUUCACUGGUGUAAGCCUCCACCCCAGCUCCCUGCUCCCAAGGCACCCACAACAUACACUGGGGAUGAGAUGAAGACGACACCGGGAUCUCACAGGCUUCAUCCAGAGCAGCGAGCAGUAUUUUCCAGGACACGAGUCCUUUCUCCUGUCUGCACAGCUAAAACUGAAUAAACCUGGAGCACAGGAUUCCUCGAGAGGCGUGGAGUCCAGCCAAGAUGUGGAGUGCUGAGCACGUACAGAUCUGUUACGGGGACACCGCAUGCUGGUCACACAUUGCCAGGGAUGCUCUUUGCCAAUAGACCUAGGUCUGGUUUUCCUAAUGCGGUUUUUGCAGACUGAUUGCUAUUUGUGUUCUAUCUCCUUCGCUGCUACUGACUUGCUUGCUGUCCUUGAACGCAUAUUCCCUUCACCUAAAACUGAAAAAGAACAGGCACUUGCAGAACCACAUUUCUAAACGUUUCAAAAGUACUAGGAGAUGCCUCUGUGAAAGGUAUUCCCCUGGACUCAAAGGUUCUGUCAAGAGAACACAGAGCACUGGCUUCUCUAGCAAACACAUUCUUGGCUUGAUUAGUAAGCAACAGCACAGUAAUUAAUGUCAGCCCGUCGUUGGUAACAAGUGUAAAAAUCCCAUUCACUAAUCCUUAUUUUUGCAAAUGACCCUUGGCAUCCAUAAUUUCUUUAGGACAAAGACUGUAGUAAUGGAUUUUA